GGGGUGUUUCUGGUGGUCUACCUACUCACACUGGCAGGAAACCUGUGCAUGAUUGUGCUGAUCAGCACCAGUCCCCACCUGCACACUCCCAUGUACUUCUUCCUUGGCCACCUCUCCUUUGUAGACAUCUGCUAUUCCUCCAACAUCACUCCCAACAUGCUGUAUGAUUUCCUCUCAGAGGACAAGACCAUUUCCUAUGCUGGGUGCUUCACUCAGUGUCUCCUCUUCAUUGCGCUGGUGAUCACUGAGCUUUACCUCCUUGCUUCCAUGGCCCUGGACCGCUAUGUGGCCAUCUGCAGCCCUCUGCAUUACAGCUCCAGGAUGUCCAGGAACGUCUGCAUCUCCCUGGUCACCUUCCCUUAUGUGUCUGGCUUCCUUCAUGGGCUGUCUCAGGCACUGCUGACUUUCCACCUGUCCUUCUGUGGCUCCCUGGAGAUCAACCACUUCUACUGUGCAGAUCCUCCCCUGCUCCUGCUGGCCUGCUCUGACACCCACAUCAAGAAGAUGGCCAUGUUUGUGGUGGCUGGCUUCACUCUCUCCAGCUCGCUCUCAGUCAUUCUCCUGUCCUACCUCUUCAUUGUUGCAGCCAUCCUGAGGAUCCGUUCUGCUGAAGGCAGGCGCAAAGCCUUCUCCACUUGUGGCUCCCACCUGACGACAGUCACCAUAUUUUAUGGGACACUUUUCUGCAUGUACUUAAGGCCCCCCUCAGAGAAGUCUAUAGAGCAGUCCAAAGUCAUUGCCGUGUUUUAUACUUUCUUGAGCCCAAUACUGAACCCUCUGAUCUAUAGUCUUAGGAACAAGGAUGUCAUCCAUGCCAUGAGAGGUGUGAUGAAGGGAAAUCUCUUUCAGAAAAUUGCACUUUAG